AUGUCUCAUUCCCAAGCAAACAACACUGAACCUUUCAGUGAGCAGGAACAUAGGGGCGAUGCUGACAUCGAUAAUAAACCCAAAAACCGAAGGCCAGCAAAUACAGCGUUCCGACAACAACGCCUUAAGGCCUGGCAACCGAUUUUGACUCCCAAGAGUGUCUUACCUCUUUUUUUUGUCAUUGGUGUCAUUUUUGCUCCUCUCGGUGGUUUGUUACUAUGGGCAAGCUCAACGGUUCAAGAACUAGUGAUAGACUACUCUGAUUGCAAAGACGCCAACAAUAACGGCUUUGUACCAAUUCCCGAUGAUAAAUUCAAGUAUUCGUUCAAGUCGUCCCACAAGUCACCAACUUGGCAAUACGAUAAUGGAACAUGCCAGCUGAUGUUUCACGUCCCUGAUACUAUUGGACCGCCGGUUUUUAUGUACUACCGCCUCUCGAACUUUUAUCAGAAUCAUCGAAGAUAUGUGAAGAGUCUUGACAUCGAUCAAUUGAAGGGGAAAGCCGUGAAAAACGAAACAAUCAAUGAUAGUCCCUGUGACCCCCUCAGACUUGACGACAAUGGAAAAGCAUUCUAUCCGUGUGGUCUGAUCGCAAACUCAAUGUUCAACGACACGAUUGAUAGCCCUGUACUUCUUAAUGGCCACGGAAAUUCGCGUGAACCAUACAAUAUGACGAACAAGGGCAUUGCCUGGGACAGCGACAAGGAACUCAUUAAAAAGACCGAAUAUGAACCAGGUGCAGUUGUACCUCCACCCAACUGGCGGGACCGUUAUCCGGACAAUUAUGAGAAUAAAAUCCCCGACCUGCAUGAAGAUGAAGAUUUUAUGGUGUGGAUGAGAACGGCGGCCUUGCCAACUUUUAGCAAGCUAUCUCGACGAAAUGACACAACAGCCAUGUCAGUGGGAAUGUAUCAAUUGGACAUCAGAGAUCAUUUCCCGGUCACUAUUUAUGGGGGUACCAAGUCCAUCCUGAUUUCCACAAGGACUGUUCUGGGAGGGCAGAAUCCAUUCAUGGGAAUUGCCUAUGUUGUUGUUGGCGGUGUAUGUGUCCUUCUUGGAACACUAUUUACGAUUGCGCAUCUAGUCAGACCGAGGUAA